UGGUAUUUGUGAAUUAUUUCACAAUAACUACUCUCUAUGAGGUAUUGACAAUAACUCAUUAAUGAGUUAUUUCAAAUUAACUCAAGUACAAAUAACUCACGAUCAACUUUUGUAGACAAACGGGUUAUUUGCACCCAAAUAACUCAGAAUAACUCAUCCAAACGACCCCUAAACAAAUUGACUGCAUUCAAAACUUCAAUGAUGACUAUGUCAAAACAUUAAAGUUUAGUGACUAAUUAGUAAUAGCCUUACUUUUUUUUGUUUCCCUCGACGUAUCUUCUCGCCACACUUCCAAAACACUGAAACAGAGUGGUGGAGGGGAAGAAACAGCAGAGAAUCUGUUCAUCUUCUUUCAGUCUGUCGAAGCUGCAGAGUCGCCAACUUAGCCUUGCCGCCGUAAGUGCCAUUUUUCCCGCCGGUCGCCGGUGUUCUGUUGUCAAAGACUCCCCCGAUUCCUAAAGGUUUUCAUCGACCAACCUUCGAUUCUGCCGGUUUUCUGCUAGGGUUUUCCAUUUAUACAACCAUCAAUCCUCUAUAUAGCAACCUGCUGUAAGAACGUAUUCCAACCUUUAUAGCAUUCAGGGUUUAGCUUCUAAGCUCAUUGCUACUGCAUUAGAUGUUUGCAUUCAUACACUAGAAGUAAUUUUUCUGCUAUAGUCCAUGUGCUGGCGUCUUAGAUUGGAAGAUGUCACUCAGUUGGCUUUCUAAUCGCGUUUGUAUACUGCAAAUGAACGGGAAUUUUUCUGCACCUUAACUGCAUUGGUACUAUGGUUCGGUGUCUAAUUACGACGAUGAUGAACGUAUUAUGUAGCUUGAUGCUUGUUGUAUUUGACUAACUAUGGCUUCAUUUCAAUGUCUAGACUCUAGUCACGAUGAAGAAGCAGAAAGUUGAUGAUGAAUCAAAGGCCAAGAACGAAAACCCUAGCUCCUCCCUCCUCCUCCAUGGAUUUGUCAGCCCCAAAAUCAUAUACCCGAAUCGCCUGAAUCUCUCAUCCUACACUCCUUCAUGUCUGAUGAUGGACUACAUCGUCCACUGCAUAAACAGGGCCCUGGCCGACAACUUCUACUUCAAGCGCGCAUCCCCCAACUACCACCCCUACAUUCUGCGCUUGUAUUUCGGCAUCAUCUUCUGGAUCCAAUGCUUGCGAGCAGGCAACAAUGUCGCCGCAAUCCCCAUCGAACACCACCAGUUCCUUACAAGCUUCCUGUCCUUCCACCCGCUCGAGACCUUACCCAUUCCCGGGCCUCUCCUGGUCCUCUUCAAAACCCUAUGCUGUUCCCAGCCAGAGAUCAAAAGCUACGGCACAGUCUACCCUCGCCUCCCAACCCAUCCGGGCCCCAAGAAGCGAAGCAAGUUCGUCUCGAAAGCCAUAGCUAACCACUUCCUUCCUAAUGUCCCGGGGAUUUUCGCACUGCUUCAUCACCUCAAUUCACUCGUUAAUGCCAAAUUGGAGCCCAUUUACCCUAAGCUAGGCAAGCAUUGUCCUGUUCCAGCUGAGGGGGAGUCACCGACGACAUUCGGUCACCACAUUUUCCCGGCUUCUAGUGCCGAGAGAACUGAGCUUGAGAAGUGGAGUCUUGUUACCCCUGGACUCCAGUAUCCCUGUGAGGCCGAUCAGAAGCUCAACGAAGCGUUUGCUGAACGCUUCGGUAAGUUUGGCUUUCCAAAAAUGUCAGCUGACGAUGACCUCACAAACAUUUGGGCGUUUAUGGGGAUGGAACAUAAAAUGGCAUGGUUUAACCAGGUGAAGGGAGUAGCUGAAACUGCUGCUGAAUUCUUUGAUGGGUCUGGUACUCUAGCGGAUUGCAGCGUUGAUGAAGGCUUGGUGUCUAACCAGAUCGUUUGUGUGAUGUCUUCGUGUGAGGCUAAUAAGCAGAAGCUGAAAAAUGUGCCUACUUGUUCUGCUGACUGGGAGUCUCUCAUGGCGCCAUUCACAUUUAAGCUGAAGACCACAGCUCGCUCUCUUCCUCCAUUUGCGGAAGCUGCUGCUGCUUAUUCCCAGACCCACAUUCGGGUUCAUGAGGGGCAUCCCAUGUAUGGCAGUUUCGGCCAGAAGUCGAAGCAUGAUGGCCCGUUUUGGGAAAUUAGGCCGAUUGAGUCGAGCCCUGUUGACGAUUCAUCCUACUCAGCGAUUAGUUGGAUUGUGUACAAGAUGCACAAGACUAGGUAGGUAAAGGUUAGGGAUUUACAGGAGGUGUCGAUUGAAACAGCGAUGAUAGGCUUUGAGGUUAUCCUUGUAGCUCCGAAUUACUGCAAUUUACAGAGCGGUAAACUUUGUAGCGGAUUAUCUAACGUCAUCAGUCCACUUAUUAGCUUCAGGAUAAACGUGAAUGCUGCCAGAACAAGUGUGUGUGAUUGGAGGGUCGUCAAUUACAAAGAAGGUAAGAAAGGAAUAAGAAAGAUCGCCGCUUUGAUCCCUGAGAAAGGCACACAGACAAACAUGAAAGAGCCUUACCAGCUGACGAGUGUUUGCUGCUCUUCCACCACAAUAAUAUAGUUGGAUAUCCAAAAAGAAAACAACUGUAUCAAAUAACAGAAGACCGAAGAGUUUGGACUCUUGCAAACUGCAACUUUCAGGUUUUGAUUCUUUCAAUGACUAUAAGCUUUGAACUAAACCCACAUCACAUCA